AUGUCGGCAGGUAACAGAAAUAGCUAUAAGAAUCCACCAUAUUUUGGACCUGAUACGGUGUAUGACACGUGGAAAAAUGAGUUAGAAAUAUGGCGUCGGGUCACCGACCUGGACGCAGACAAGCAAGCAUUGGCCAUCACAUUGUCGCUGACUGGAAGAGCGAGGGAGAGGGCUGUCCAAAUACCAGCUGAUUAUUUGGAUUCAGAACGUGGCAUUGAUAUUCUAAUUGCCAAAUUAGAUGACAUAUUCAAGAAAGAAACGAAAGAUGCCACAUAUGAGGCUUAUUUAAGUUUUGAAAAUUUUAGAAAGACAGACGACAUGUCAAUUGAAACCUACGUUAUUGAAUUUGAAAGACUGAAUACCAGACUGGUUAGAUACGGAAUAGAGUUACCUGAUGCUGUGUUAGCAUUCAAGCUCCUUGACAAUGCUUGUCUCUCCACACAGGGACGUCAAAUGUCAUUGACUGCUGCUGCAGAUUUAACAUAUUCUGACAUGAAAUCAGCUUUAAAGCGGAUAUUUGGAGCCAAAAUUCCAGAUGUUCUUACAUCUAGUGUGAAAUUGGAAGUAAAUGCAACAGCAAGCUCAAGACGGUUUACAAGAGGAAAAUAUCAGACUUCUGAGAGCAGAAAUGAUCAGACACUUGAAGAUCCAGUUAAAGGAACUAACCCAUUAAACAGAUUUGGCAAGCGUUCAAGAUGUGCUAUUUGUCAGUCUACAUACCAUUGGGCGAAAGACUGUCAACAUAAAAAGGAAUCAGUCAAUAUUGCUAUGAAUAAAGAUGAAGACAUUGAUGAUUGGUGUAAUAUUACAUUGUUAGUUGACAACAAACAAAAAUCUCAGUUACAGUUUGUGUUCGAUGAAGAACAAUUAGACAUCUUGGUAGUGGAAUCAAGUGGAGCAGGUGUAUUAGAUACAGCAUGCACAAAAACAGUUUGUGGUUGUCAAUGGUAUAAUGAUUAUUUAUCAAGAUUGCACCCAAAUUUAGUGAAAUUAAUACAGACUUUUCCAAGUGAUAGGACCUUCAGAUUUGGUGAUGGUGUCUCAGUGAGAUCUUUGAAAAUGGUAAAAAUUCCAAUUGUCAUGGGAAGACAAAGGUGCAUGUUGGAGGUUGAAGUUGUGGAUACUAACAUUCCUCUGUUAUUGAGUAGAUCAUCCUUAAAGAAAGCAGAUGCAAUUCUUGAUUUAAAAAAUGACAGUGCUACAAUGUUUGGACAUAAUGUCAGGCUAGAUUUCACAGCCAGUGGACAUUACUGUGUUGAUUUAUUGCCUUGUGUUAAUGAUGAACAAUUUCAUGAUGUUUUGUUUAAUUUUGAUGAAUUAACUACUAAAGAGAAACAAAAGACAUUAAUUAAACUUCACAGACAGUUUGGUCACGCAUCUUAUGAUCGACUUCAUAAACUUUUAGUUGCAUCAGGAAUUUAUGAUAAGAAGUUGUUUGGAGUAUUGGAAAGAAUGAUAGCUGACUGUGAAAUUUGUCUUCAAAGAAAGAAGCCACCUAAUAAACCAACUGUUUCACUUCCUUUAGCUGCAAAUAGAACUGUUGCUGAACAUUUGUCAACCCUUCACAAAGCUAGAACAGAAUUUACUAGAGCAGAGUGUUCUGAUCGGAUCAGACGUGCUUUAAAGAGUAAUGUUAGAACAUUUAAUGACACUGUUUUUAAUUCUGGUGACAAGGUUUUUUAUAAACGUCCAGAUAGUGAUAAAUGGAAGGGCCCAGGUAUCGUCAUUGGCAUCGAUAGUUCUGUUGUUUUUGUACGCCAUGGAGGAAGUUGUGUUCGAGUUCAUAAAAGUAGAGUCAUCAAACAGCAUGAAAAUGAUACAGUGAGCAAUGAUCAAAAUAUUGAUACUGAGGAUGAUGUUACAGUUGAUAAGAAACUUGAUAAUGAUUUGGAGUCUGAAAAUGAAACUUCAUCUGACAAUCAGGAUAAUGAUGAUCAUCAUGCAGUUCAUAAUGAUAAUCAUCAAUCUCUGAAACUUAAAGCUGGAAUGUUGAUGUCAUUUAAUGAAAAGGGUAGUCAGGUUACUAAAAAGGUUAGAAUUAUGAGUCGUGCCGGAAAAGCUACCGGAAAACAUAAAGAUUGGUAUAACACAGAGAUUUUGGAACCCGUGGAAUUAAUUGGUGAAAAACUACCUUUAAUCUGUGUAACUGAUAAGAAAUCCUUGUAUGAUGCUAUUCAUUCAACUAAACAUGUUUUUGAAAAACGCCUUCGUCUUGAAAUAUCAGAAUUAAUUGGUGAAAAACUACCUUUAAUCUGUGUAACUGAUAAGAAAUCCUUGUAUGAUGCUAUUCAUUCAACUAAACAUGUUUUUGAAAAACGCCUUCGUCUUGAAAUAUCAGGUAUAAAAGAAAUGAUAGAUAAUUAUGUUGUAAAAGAAAUCAUUUGGUCUGAGACAAGUAAACAGUUAGCUGACUGUUUAACAAAGAAAGGGGCAUCUUCAUUAUUAUUGUUAAAAACUCUGGAGCAAGGGCAUCUUGAUUUGUAG